GACCAAAGAAAGCCACACAUUGGUGAGCAUCCAUCAGAGAAACACCAUGAGAACGCAACUGAUUUUUGUAACGAUCUGCAUUUACCUUUGUGGUGCUUCUGCUCAGGAUCUGGAUUCAUCUCCCGAGAUCCGUAGGGAAUUGAAGGAGCUAAUAAAGGGUACUGAAGAGUUGAACAUCGGAGUGGAAAAUGUGAAGAACGUGCAAAAGGGCAUCGAGGAGAAGUUUAAGCAUCAGCGUGAUGAGAUCGAGCUUAUUGGCCAACUAGAAGUUGCGCUAGCUGUACUGGAUACAAAGGUUCAAAGCAGCUUCGAGGCUACAGGUUCCGGAGUGGGAAACUUAACAGCCAUUAUCAAAGCAGUCCAGAGCCAAAAUGAACAGUCCAUUCAGAACCUCACCAAAGUGGAUCUGGCCAUCAGGAGUGCCCUGGAACAAGUGGCUGUCAAUCAGAACAAAUACGAGCAGGAUCUGGAUGCGGUGACCUUAUCCGUCAACUCAAAUCUUGCAGAGAUUCAACAGUUAAUAUCGCAGCGCAUUAUUGGUGACCUCAUCGGCUUGAAUAACAAGGCUAAGGUUCUUGAGGGACAGCAGCGCAAUAUCAUUAGUCAAGUCGGACAUCUGGGAGAGCUGAAUUCCCUGGCUGAUCGUGCCAAUCGCAAGAUCAAUCAACUGGAGUGGGGUCUAGUCCUACUCAAUCGCACUCAGUCCGAAAGCCUUAAUGGCAUCGAAAACACUGUCCAUGCAGUGCAGGUGGCCACCUCCCAAAUUGAUCACAAGCUCGGUAGCCUGCUGGAGAACCAGAAGAGCAUUGCAGAGACAUUGGAGGGCUGCAAGCGUAAAAGUCCCCCAAAUCAAAAGCCCUACGAGGUCUGGACCCAUCCGGAACAUGCCCCCAUCUCCCAAUCAAAGUCAGAGAGCAGCUACGCCUCCGAAGAAGAGGCUGAACUCCUUUACAAACUCUGGUAUGGCAAGGGCCAGCAGGAGUAAAGGACAUAAACUCACAAAACAAUCCUAGUAAAUUUUUUGUAAACCCCUCCUGUAGUUUCUUUUUUAACUUCCUAAUUCAAUUUUAUCUAUAUAAAGCUAAUCCAUCUUUUUCUAAAUGUAUAAUAAAUUCUUCUUAAUGCUUAUAUUUGUAA